AUGACCGAUCCGGUCCCGAGCGCGGGGGGCACCGGCGCGGGGCAGCAGACCAGCGAGCAGAAGCAGGAGUCACAGCAUCAGACGACAAGAAAGAGCAUAGCAGAGGAAAAGAAGAAAACGAUCGUCAUUGGCCUCUCGGGUCCUUCGUCCAGCGGGAAGACAACUCUCGCGAGAUUGUUGAAGACAAUCUUCUCCGUGAGCGGGCGCGUGCGGACGUUUAUUAUCCACGAGGAUGACUUUUAUUUCCCGGACGAUAAGAUACCUGUCACCAGGACCAAAUCGGGCGACUUGGUUCAGGAUUGGGAUACCGUGGGCGCAAUCGACGUGCCUUUUCUCUCAUCUGCGCUCGCCUAUGUCCGGAAACAUGGGACACUUCCACCCAGGCUGAAGAGCAAGGAAGACCAGAACCAGACGUCGGAUCCGGGAGUGGAUCAGUUCCAGGUGGAAAAGCUGCAGAAGGAAGUCGGUGAACGGCUGAGGAGGAAGCAGGAAGGCAAAGAAGAAACAGAAACAGCAGCAGCAGCAGAAGAAACGGGAGUAGAAGCAGAAACCGCGUCAUUGACGGUCGCCUUCCUGGAAGGAUUCCUCCUCUACGCGCCGCCGGAAUCUGAAGCACCGCAGCAUAUCCUUCGCCCUAUCCACAACAACAUCCACCUGCACCUGUUCCUCCCUGCCCCGUACGAUCUGGUUAAAAUCCGUCGGGAGGCACGAUCCGGCUAUGUGACUAUCGGUCCCGCACCGACGCCUAGCAAGAAGCUGGAGGACAACGAUGAGCACAAACAGAAAGAGCAGCAGCAAAAAGAGCAGCAGCAGCAGCCGCAUCAACAACUAGAAGAGACGACCGUCGACCUCGAGAAUGCCGACCACCACAUACCCGAGCAAAGCUUCUGGACCGAUCCACCGGGCUACGUAGACGACAUCGUCUGGCCGCGCUACGUGCAGGACCACGCAUGGCUGCUGUUACCGGAAGAGGAACAGCAGCAGCAAAGUGGGACCAAGCCGCUGUUGCUCGCAGCACAGGAAAGGUCAAAGAAUUCCAAUACUCUGCUAGAGGAAGAGCUUCUCAAGCUCGCCGGCCAGGGGACCAAUAUCCGGACCGAUGCUGGCGUCAUGGUUGCUCCGGGAAAGGGCAGGCUACACAUUACGGAGUUGCUCGACUGGGCGGUGAAGGAAGUAUUGAAUUUUUUGGAAGCAGAAGGAGAGACAUAUCUGAAUAUUCCAGUCUUUCUUCUCGCUAUAUUUAAUAUACUAUGGACAACGAGCUGGAAGUCACAACAAGACUAG